GUCCAACUAGCGGGCAUCAAGGAUCAAGAGAGUGAUCAACGCAUAUGCCCAGUCUGCAAGUUCCAACUCAACAACCCCGACGACGUCAUGUUUACAAAUCUCAACCCCAGUGAGGACUACAAGUCAAUCGUGUUGUGCGGUCUCUCUCCCAGCGCCAUAAUGGAAUGUGCUGGACGAGCGCUUGGUUUUUGGACUUACCAAACAUCUGCAAGUAUCUCCUUCGAGCAGCACGUCUCUAAGGCGCUCAAUGACAAGUACAAUAACCUCUCUCUUCAUCUCGAAAAGACUGUCAAUGAGGCCAACUCGGAAAUAGAGUCGCUUCAGCACAAAAUAACAAGCCUAGCCGCGGACCAAGUCACUUUGAAACGCAAACAUUUGGACCUUACCCAAGCGUUUAAGGAGAAGAAUCGGAAGCUCCUACAUACGCAGGAGCUCUACGACAAGGUCAAGAGAAGGGCAGAAAUAGGAUCCAUUCAACAAGCCGCAUCUGACGCCGUGGAUUCAAGCCACCGGGCCACACCACAACUGAGCCACGUAUUUGGCGUCGUGGGAGAUUCUAAUGUGGACAGAAGCAACACCACGUCUGCUUUUGGUCAAAGCCACAGACUUGAGAUGGCAGGCAUGAACACCGGUCAGCCUCGGUCCCAUGCCUCUUUUUUCAGGGAUGACAGUCAUUGGCCCAGGAUAGGAGGCGCCUCCCGUUCGGAUCCAUCCUCUGCUCUGAUGGGAGAGCCCGGGCGUCGUGGGUUUGCGAGUUCGUCGCUUCUUAACAGAACUUCCAGUCUACCAGCCCUCGUCGGAACGCCGGCCCCAGAGUCUGAGGCAGUGCGAGGAACGACUGCGCCGAGUUUUGCGAACAAUCGAGUUGGUUUGACAGGAGUUGGCCUCACCUCUGGACUUAAAGUCAGUCAGUCGACUAGCAACCCGGGAUUAGAUGUUUCCACCCGGCAUCUCUGA